CAAGAUCCAAGAAGAGAAUAAAAAAGAUGAAAAGGACACGAGAAGAAGGGAAAGAAGAAGAAGAGGAGUACAAGAAAGGUUUAUGGACUGUCGAAGAAGAUAAGAUCCUCAUCGAUUAUGUCCGAACUCACGGCAAAGGCCACUGGAACCGUAUUGCCAAGAAAACUGGACUAAAGAGAUGUGGGAAGAGUUGUAGGCUGAGAUGGAUGAACUACCUGAGCCCUAACGUGAACCGGGGCAAUUUCACCGAGCAAGAAGAAGACCUCAUCAUCAGACUCCACAAGCUCCUUGGAAACAGAUGGUCUUUGAUUGCGAAGAGAGUACCAGGGCGGACAGAUAACCAAGUGAAGAACUAUUGGAACACGCAUCUAAGCAAGAAACUCGGGAUAAGAUCAGAUCAAUCCACAGCCAAAAACGGGGAGUCAUCGUCACCACCGCCGAUGAUCUUCACGACUGCGGCUACUACUACUUCUUCUUCCUGUCCACAAGACAUGAUCAACACCAAUAAGACGGACACAGCCACAAACUUCGAGCCCACUGGACAAGUCCAGAUCACUGCAAAUGAUGACGUCACACUCCCUGCCAUGUUCGACGACAUCACAAACUGCUACAACGCAAACGCCUUCUGGGUUCAUCAAGACGAUUACUUCGAGUUGAGUUCGCUCACUAUGAUGGAUUUUGCUGACGGUCAUUGCCUCUGAAUUAUUAUUAUUAAUUAUUACUAUGUUUUUGUUGUUUUAAUACGAUCAUCCAAGUGUUUCAGUCUUGCUGGGAAGUGAUAAUUGGAUAUGAAUACAAACAUCUAUAUUAAUUUUUUUUUA